UAAAUGCUGAAUUUUAUUUUGAGGAAGAGGAUGCUGGCAAAGUUAAUGAUGAAGAUACAGAUUCAGAGCAACCAAAAAUAAGUACUACUUCCAAACCACUUCACUCAAUUAAAGAUUGUCCAACAUGA